GUCAAAGUUGAGCGGCUCCCAAUGAGCUGAAGGCGAAGAAAGCUCACCGUCUCUGUCCGUACUGGAACAAAACACUGCUAAGAAGACGACAAACAGCAGAUUUAAAAUUUUUAUCUCCGUGAGCUCCUGUCAUGUAAGUGUCUGAUCCUCACUAUGGAUGAAAGCAGUCUGGAAGAAGCCAUCAGGACCUACAGCGCUCAGCUUCAGCAGGUGGAGGUGGCGUUAUGUGCUGGGUUGGGCUCAGAGGAGCAGGCUGACCUGUUGAAGCUGAAGGAGGACCUGCAGCAGCUCAUUGAGCUCACAGAGUCCAGCCUGGUGUCUGUCAAAAAGAGCCAGUUGCUGGCUUCGUUGGAGGAGCCCUCGACGAACCAAAGUGCCACAUCGGUUCCUCAAGAAGCGGCUUUAGAUGAUGAGUUUGCUUCUUUCUACGCUGAACUGUCAGAGGACUCUGCUGAGGUGAAACUAAACUCUGAACCUGAAGAGGUGGAUAUAAGUGGCACUAAGGUACGUGCUCCGUACCGUACCUCAUGGGGAACCCUGGAGUACCAUAACGCCAUGGUGGUCUGCCCUGAGGAGGCAGAAGGAGAAGAGGCUCGAGUCCGGGUGCUGUACCUUCACCCCACAAACAAAUCCAUGAAACCCUGCGGCUUCUACCUUGAGGACAAGUGCCGCUUCAUGGACAACUGCAGGUACUCUCAUGGUGAGGUGGUGUGUGUAUCGGAGCUCAGGGACUUCCUGGAGGCUGACAUCAGUAACAUGGAGUUGGGCUCUGCGUGUUUGGCCAGGCAUGAAGAUGGCAUUUGGUACCCGGCAAAAAUAUCAGAGAUUGAAGGCGAGUUGUACACAGUGAAAUUUGACUCGCUGCUGCUGAAGGAAGCUGUGCUGGAGGCUGAUGGGAUCAUUCCUCCCCUUCGUCAGGAUGACAGUUCCUCCUCUUCCUCGUCGGACUCUGAGGAUGAUUCUGACCAGUGUGAUGCUGCGUAUGCUAAAGUAUUGGGAUCAAGAGAGGAGGACAUGGCCCAGGUAAACACUGCAGAGUUUUGCGGUUGGGAGGCUCACACACGUGGCAUUGGCUCCAAGCUCUUGCUCAAAAUGGGUUAUGAGUUUGGUAAAGGUUUGGGGAAGACCCUCUCUGGUCGAGUAGAGCCAGUUCAGGCCAUGGUUCUUCCGAAAGGCAGCUCAUUGGACAUGUGUGCUGAGCUCACUCAGAGAAAGACUGCGGCCGCUAUUGCUAAGAACAACCCGGCCUCUCGCAAACCGAAGGCUAAAAAGAGGAAAGCCUCCACAUCAACACGCCACAAUGUUUUUGAUUUCCUGAACUCUAAGCUUGGUGACACAGCUCAGCCUGCGUCUCAUUCAUCAAGCUCAUCAGCCACAGGUGUAGAGGCUUACCAGGGCAGAAAGAGCACCAAACGGUCCCUGAACGUUCGUCUGUUCCAGGCUACGGAGAAAGUAGCUCAAGUGGAGAGAGAGAUCCAGCAGCUCACUAAGUCUCUCAGUAGACGAAAUGGAAGGGAUGCAACAGUGGUCAGUAGAAUCGAGGAGAAGCUCACUGCUUCCCGCAGCUUACUGGAGCAGCUGAGGGCUCAGGAACAGUCCAUCCAGAGAGAGCAGAAGAAAGCAGACACACACAAGAAAAUGACUGAAUUCUAACAAAUCUACUGUCUUUUGCUGUUAUUGGGAUUUUGUUUAGUGUGUAUAAACCUUAAUACAUCUAUCAAAACUUUAAACAUGUAUGUAUGAUAAUGAAUGUGUGAAAUGCAUUUUCCUUUGUUUAUUGCCCAUCAGAAUCUUGUUUUUUGACAUGAACUGUAUCUGACAUUCAAACUGAUUUUGUUUUUUAUUAAAUGUUUCUUCUAAGGAUUCGGUCCUUUUAGAUACACCA